CGGGGACGCGCGGCCGGAGUCGUUGUGUCCCAGGGCUGGCCUAGUCCGCUUCGCAGGCGGAGAACAUGAGUGCCUCACCGGGAGAACGCGCUCGCCUGCGCCGCUACCCGGAGCUGCCGGUGUGGGUGGUGGAAGACCAUCAGGAGGUUCUUCCUUUUAUAUACCGGGCCAUAGGCUCCAAGCAUCUUCCCACCAGAGAUAUCAGCUUUUUACAUUUUGACUCCCAUCCGGACCUGCUCAUUCCUGUGAACAUGCCGGCAGACACCGUGUUUGAUAAGGACACACUUUUUGGGGAACUAAGUAUUGAGAACUGGAUUAUGCCUGCAGUGUAUGCUGGCCAUUUUUCUCAUGUUGUAUGGUUUCAUCCCACGUGGGCUCAGCAAAUGAGAGAGGGAACACAUCACUUUUUAGUAGGCAAAGACACUUCUACCACAACAAUCAGGGUUACAAGUACAGAUCAUUACUUCCUCAGUGAUGGCCUUUAUGUACCAGAAGAACAGCUGGAGAACAAAAAGCCUUUGCGAUUGGACGUCAUCACGAUGGGCCCUGAUCCACGCUGCAACAAACAAGAAGAAAACGCUGCUGCCUGUUCGGCCAAGAAGCCCAAGCUCUCCCCGGAAGGCGCAGAGAGCCCUGCCUCUGCUCACGGUGGCUCUCACCCGGAGGCUCUCGGAACAGCCUCGGACACACAGAAAAGCCGCCCGUCUGGCCUGGAACUGUCCUGUGUGUGUUCUUCUGAAAGUCUGGAAUGCCAGGCUGGCGUCAGCGCUCAGGAGAUUCUGGAAGUUUUAAAGAAAGGAGAUGGAUUUGUUUUAGAUAUUGACUUAGAUUUCUUUUCUGUUAAGAAUCCCUUCAAGGAUAUGUUCACUCAGGAGGAAUACAAAAUCUUACAGGAACUAUACAAUUUUGAAGGGCCUAGUGCCAACCUAUCGGAGGAAGAUCUGGUAGAUGUUGUUGAUGCUCGAAUUCACCAGUUAGAAGACUUAGAAGCUGCCUUCGCUGAUUUGUGUGAUGGUGAUGAUGAAGAAACUGUACAAAGAUGUGCUUCGAGAUCUGGAAUGAAAUCACUAGUUCCACUUGUACAAAGUUUAAAAAAACGGAUGGAAGUUCCUGACUACGAAAUGGUUCACCAGGCUGGGCUGACGUGUGAUUACUCAGAGCUUCCACACCAUAUCAGCACAGACCAAGAAAUUGAAUGUCUCAUUCAGUCUGCACAGCAUUUCCUGAAAAGUCUACCCAAACCUACUCUUGUGACAAUUGCGAGGUCCAGUCUGGAUGACUACUGUCCUUCAGAGCAGGUGGACAGCAUUCAGGAGAAGGUGCUUGCCAUGCUGCGCUCGCUCUACGGCCCUCUGCACGUCCACCUGGAGUUCCCCGCAGAGCCAGCUCCCUCCUGAAGCACACCGAAGGCAGGCUCUAGUUUCAUCUUGGUCCAGUAACGGGGUUUUCCUUAACUUAUUUGUAACCGAGUCUUCCAGAGAACACUUUUUUAUAUUAACUUUCAGUUGAAAUUGUUCAGGUAUUUGGAAUUUCCAAAUGUCAGUUGUUGAAUGCUGGCGGCUUUUUGGCCUCAGGUCUUCUUGGGCUUGGCAGGUGCAGCUGCAUAGCUUACUUGCUUUCCAUCUAUUCUGUCAUUGCCCUUUAUGCGUGGGAUUAUUUUUUUGCCUUAUAGCCCUGGAUCAGCUAGAUAAUGUGACAUUGGUUGAUUCAUUCAUCCCACUAACUGGUAUUUAUUCAGCACAUUCACAUCACAGGCAUAUUAAGGGCUUAGUGUGUGGUAAUGAGCAGAAUAGAUAAGGCCCUACUCCCUUUGGGUGAGAAAGAUAAAAACUGUGGAUUCCGAGAAGUGUCAGGGAAGGAUAACUACCCUGGCUUUAUAGGAAAGAACAGUGUCAAAAGCUGCUAGCAAAAACUCCCUGCCAGACUGUGGAAAUGUUGCAGAA